GGGGACUUUCUGGGCGGUGUGGAAAUGGCCGCUUUAGUUCUGUUGUUGCACUUUUUGUGUAUAAGGCAACUCUGCUAUUGUUUUAAUCUGGACGUGGAUAAUCCAUUUGUUAAAUCUGGGGCAGAAGGAAGUUACUUUGGCUUUGCAGUUGACUUUUUAAGCACCGGUUCUUCUGGGUCAUAUUUGUUGGUUGGUGCACCCAAAGCAAACACCUCCCAACCUGGCAUUAUCGAAGGUGGAGAUGUGAUUAAAUGUGAUUGGAAAAAGUCUGAUUGUCAAUCUGUUGUGUUCGACCCCAAUGGAAACCGGAAUUAUGCUGUAAAUGAGUCUAUUGAAUUCAAAUCCCAUCAGUGGUUUGGAGCAUCAGUUCGUGCCAAACACAAUAAAAUUAUGGCUUGUGCUCCUUUAUAUCACUGGCGGACUGAAGUAAAACAAGAACGAGAGCCUGUUGGAACAUGUUAUUUGAAUGAUGGAACCACAGUUGUAGAAUAUGCUCCAUGUAGAUCAAGUGCAAAAACUGAUGCUCAAGAACAAGGAUUUUGUCAAGGAGGAUUUAGUAUUGAUUUUACUGAGGCCGAUAGAGUUCUUCUUGGUGGUCCUGGUAGUUUCUAUUGGCAAGGUCAGCUUAUUUCAGACCAAGUAGAUGAAAUUGUGAAGAAAUACACACCAGGAAAAUAUAGUAUUACUUAUGAAAAUCAAUUGGCUACCCGACCUGCUAGUCCAUCAUAUGAUGAUAGUUACUUAGGUUAUUCUGUGACAGUGGGGGAUUUCAACGGAGACAAUAUAGAAGAUUUUGUGUCUGGAGUGCCAAGAGCUGCAAAAACAUUAGGAAUGGUGUCUAUUUAUGAUGGAAAAAGUAUGGUAUCAUUGUAUAAUUUCACAGGGGAACAGAUGGCAGCAUAUUUUGGUUAUUCUGUGGCAACCUCUGAUAUCAACGGGGAUGGGUUAGUAGAUUUAUUCAUUGGAACACCUCUCUUUAUGGAUCGUGGAUCGGAUGGAAAGCUUCAGGAAUUGGGCCAAGUGUCUGUGUAUCUUCAGCACAGCACUAAUGGACCACAGCCCUUGCUAAAGUUGACUGGUUUUGAAGUAUUUGCAAGAUUCGGCAGCUGUAUUGGACCUCUUGGAGAUGUUGAUGGCGAUGGAUUUAAUGAUCUUGCCAUUGCUGCACCAUAUGGAGGAGUAAACAAAAAAGGUCUGGUUUACAUUUACAAUGGAAGGCCCACUGGUUUGAGUGUUGUUCCUUCUCAGAUUCUUGAAGGACAGUGGGCUUCACAGCAUAUGCCGUCAAGUUUUGGUUAUUCUUUAAAAGGUGCCACUGAUGUUGAUGAAAAUGGAUAUCCAGAUUUACUUGUUGGGGCCUUUGGUGCUGACAAAGCAAUAUUAUACAGGGCAAGACCGGUUAUUACUGUAACUUCACUUCUGGAGGUGAAUCCAACCAUCUUAAACCCAGAAAGUAAAACAUGUAUUCUUCCAAGCGGUACUAAAGUUUCUUGUUUUCAUGUGAAAUUCUGUCUGAAAGCUGUUGGUAAAGGACGAGUACCCCAGGAUCUUCCUUUCCGGGUAGACUUAUUGCUGGAUAAACAUAAGCAAAAGGGAGCUAUACGAAGAGCAUUAUUUCUACAUACUAGGCUCUCCAGCCACUCUAAGAACAUGACUAUACAAAAUGGAGGCAGUAUGCGCUGUGAAGAACUGCAAGCAUUUUUAAGGGAUGAUUCUGAGUUUAGAGACAAGCUUACUCCCAUAACAAUUUUCAUGGAAUUCCAAAUGGAUUAUAAAUCUACAGCUGAUUCAAGUGGAUUGUUGCCUAUCCUAAACCAGUUUAUUCCAGCAAACAUAACUAAACAAGCACACAUAUUGUUGGAUUGUGGUGAAGACAAUAUAUGCAAACCAAGUUUGAAAUUGUCAGUUGAAAGUGAACAAAAGAAAAUUUUCAUAGGUGAUGAUAGUCCUUUGACUUUAAUUGUCAAUGCUCAGAAUCAAGGGGAAGGAGCCUAUGAAGCUGAACUUGUGGUCCAGAUGCCACCAGAAGCAGAUUUUAUUGGAGUUAUUCGAAAUAAUGAGACCUUUUCAAGGUUAUCUUGUGCAUUUAAGACUGAGAAUCAAACAAAUCUUGUGGUUUGUGAUCUUGGAAAUCCUAUGAAAGCCGGAACUCAGAUUAAAGCAGCAUUGCUUUUUAGUGUUCAUCAGCUGACUGAAAUGGACAACUCGGUGAAGUUUGACUUGCAGAUUCGAAGCUCAAACCAGUAUGAAAAUUCAAGCACUGUUGAAUCAAUAGAGAUUGCACUUGCAGUAUUAGCAGCUGUAGAAGUUCGAGGUGUCUCAACUCCAAAUGAGGUUUUCUUACCCAUUGCAAAUUGGGAACCAAAAGUGAAUCCAGUAACAGAAGAGGAUAUUGGACCCUUAGUUCAACACAUCUUUGAGUUGCGAAAUAAUGGUCCAAGUGGGUUUAGUAAAGCAAUCCUUAAUCUGCAGUGGCCUUACAGAUACAACAAUGACACUUUGCUUUAUAUUGUUAAAUAUGAAACUGACGGACCCAUGGACUGUACCUCUGAUGUGGAAAUCAACCCCUUGAAUGUGAAGAUUUCAACUUCACAAUCUGAUGAGAAAAAUGAAUCUAGAGUCCCUGACAACCGCCAACGUAAUCGACGUGAUCUAACUGCAAUGGAUGGACCUUUACAGACCCUUGGGUGUGGUCAAGCUGAGUGUCUGAAGAUUGAAUGCCAUGUUGGACGACUAGACAAAGGGAAGAGUGCAAUAUUAUAUGUGAGAUCAAGACUAUGGACGCAAACAUUUUUACAAAAUGGGAACCAGAAUCAUUCGUACUCUCUAAAGUCAUCUGCUUCAUUCAGCGUUCUUGAAUUCCCCUAUAAAAACAUACAUAUACCAGAUAUCCAGAAUUCUACCGUGGUAACAACAAAUAUAUUAUGGGUUAAUCAGGCUGCCAGUUUGCCAGUGCCAAUAUGGGUGAUUAUACUUGCUGUCUUAUCUGGCUUGCUGCUGUUAUCACUAAUGGUGUUCAUAAUGUACAAGUUGGGUUUCUUCAAACGUGUUCGACCCCCACAGGAGGAGACUGAAAGAGAGCAGCUUCAGCCACAAGAAAAUGGUGAAGGAAUUACGGACACAUAAUAUAAAGGGUGCAAAUGAAAACCUGUAUAACGUGUAAAGCUUCUAUUUCAUAAGUAGUAGCACCUCCCACUAUCUGCAUUAUUCUGUAAAAUAGUUUCAGCUUUGAUCACAUUUUUUAGUUACUUUGAGUUUUUUUACAUGCACAGCUAAGAUACAGAAUACAAAGGGGAGGGUUAGAGUUUGAGAGGCCUUUAACUUUAUUGCAUAAUUCUCUAACUCUAAAGCGUAUUUUCCGAGUUUAGGCAAACAUCACAAAUCAUAUGAAAUAUUGACUAUUUUGCUUUAUUUUUGGUACACUGUAUGAGCUUUAAUCACAUAAUCAUUGAUUUCCAAGCAGUAACAGAUGCAUGUACCAGUUGAUGCCACUUUCUUAUUAUGAUUGUCCUGUGAAGAAAGAGUUUUCUUGAUGAAUUAUUUGUUGUGUUGUAAAGGAAGUGACCUGAUAUUUCCCAGGAUACAUACGUCUGUUACCUUUGGAAUUC